AUGGGGGAUCUCCCCGCCAGUCGCGUGUCCCCGUCUUCCCGCAGUUUUUCUCACUGCGGCGUCGAUUACGUUGGUCCAGUUCAUAUUCGGGCUUCCGCCGGUCGAGGCAUAACCUCGAGAAAGGCUUACAUUGCCUUAUUUGUGUGCCUGGCCACCAGAGCCAUUCAUUUAGAAUUGGUUGGAGGCUAUUCCACACCCGCGUUCCUAAGCGCUUUUAAUCGAUUCUGUUCACGCCGAAGCUUGCCCCAAGCCAUGUAUUCCGACAACGGCACAACCUUUACUGGCGCUGACGCGGAAUUGCGGCUCGCCUAUCGAAACGCGAUCCGCGACCCUAAUUUUCUCAAUCGCACCGCCUGCGACAGCGUUGAGUGGAACUUUAUUCCUCCUUCCUCUCCUCAUUUCGGCGGAUUGUGGGAGGCCGGUGUUCGUAGCGUGAAACACCAUUUGCGUCGUGUCUUGGGCAACCACACCCUCACCUAUGAAGAGUUCUCAACACUCUUGAUUCAGAUUGAGGCGUGUCUGAACUCUCGCCCAAUCGCUCCUCUUUCGGACUCGUUCGACGAUUAUCAAUGUCUGACUCCGGGGCACUUUCUUGUUGGAUCGUCUCUUACUGUUCCUCCUGAGCCGUCAUUACUCCACCUCGCCGAAAAUCGAUUCUCGCGGUGGCAAACUGUUCGCCACAUGAUCGAGCGGUUCUGGAGACUGUGGACAUCCGAUUAUAUUAACACAUUGCAACAGGGAAGCAAGUGGCGAAAAAUUCAACCGUCUAUUAGCGUAGGAAAACUCGUGCUACUGCGCAACCCGUUGUUGCCUCCGUGCAAGUGGGAUUUAGGCCGUAUUAUCCGGUUGCAUCCGGGCUCCGAUGGUCACACCCGCGUCGUGACCGUCAAGACCGCCGCCUCGGAGUACGUUCGUUCAAUUGGAAAAUUGUGUAUUUUGCCACUCGAAAGCUCCGAUGGUGUCACCAUGUGA